AUGGCACUUCCCCCCACUGAGAAGAAGGAGCCUAUGGAGGCGCAGAUUAAGUCUGUUGACAUGACCGAGGAUAUGCAGCAGGAGGCUAUUGCCCUUGCCAUUGAGGCCACCGAGAAGUUCAGAGUUGAAAAGGAUAUUGCGCAAUACAUCAAGAAAGAGGUUCGCCAAUUCUACCCCGCCCCCGAUCGCAUAUCUAACCCCAUACAUCAGUUUGACUCACGCAAGGGCGCUACCUGGCACUGCGUGGUUGGUCGUAACUUUGGAAGCUUUGUUACCCAUGAGACGAAGCACUUCAUCUACUUCUACCUCGGACACUGCGCAAUUUUGCUCUUCAAGACCCACUCUGGGCUCUUUCUUGAUUCUCUCAAGCAGCUGUACGCGAAAUCUCCCAAUCUUGCAAUCAUUAUGGCUUUCUGCAUCACGUUCGGAACGCAUGAGUUCUCCUCUCAACUCGAGGGUUAUGAGAAUGUUCGCGCAUACUGUUACAACUGCCAACAUUGGAAUGGUCACUGCAUCACCCGAUGGCCGUUUUUCACUGUCUGCUUCAUUCCAUUGAUUCCCCUUGCUAUGCACAAGUACAAGGAGGUGCAAUGCUACACUUGCCGUUACACCCAAGACCUACGUGACCGGCCUGAUAUUACGCCUGACACACGGCCUCCGGCAGGCAUGCAAUAUGGCAUCCAGCCGCCCCCUCAGGCCCAAGGGGGCUGGCAGCAACAGCCUCCUCUGCAGGCUCCGCCUCAAGCACAGGGUGGACUUGGUUACAAGUGA